UUAGGGUGUCAGACGGGGUCAGACCAAGACAGACACGUAGAGACACACAAAGAGAUAAUUAUAUAGACCAUAUAUUUAAAAACUAAGAGGGUAGAGGGUGAGGGAGGAAGAAAAGAGAGAUCAGGGGAGCGACAGAGAGAAAGUAUAUAGACUCAGUGAAAGAGAGUGAGAAAGAAACAAAGAAAGCAAUGACUGUAUUAAACACACAUACUUACAACUGUUCAAAUACCACACCCAUUUCUCCUAAGACUCCUAAGACCUUUGUGAUCAUGUCUUUGGCUUUGUGAGGGAUAUACCUAUAGCGAAUGCCCCAUUUAGCAUAACACUCGGUCUGACCAGGUCUUCCAGGUCUUAGUGGUGCGACUUGAAAUAUAUAUAUAUAUAUAUUCUGUACAGAGGAUAUUAUAUAACGAACUCUGCUAUUCCAAACCACAUUCUACCCAGUUAAUAUCCGACUGUGGAACUCCUUAACAUCUGCUGUCGUCGAUUGCACCUCUUUGGAACUUUUCAAGCAGAAAGUGCAACACAUUAAGCUCCGUUGAGCUUCAGACUGUUUUUAGCUGCAAAUAGAAUUCAUGUAGAGCCUUUUUACUUGCACUGUACACUCGGCACUUGACAAGCACAAGGUACGAUAAUACGCCAACGGCGGUCUGUAGUAUACUGGAAGAAGAAGAAGAAGAAUACAUUAGACUCAUACCACGAGCCGUAGAAAUAGUGGACAUAUUCUUCAUGAUAUCAAAGUGAAAGUUCUUGUGGCGCUUGGUAGUCAUGGCGGCGGGAAUGCGUAAAUUUCGAGUCCUCAUUUUGCUGCUAGCUUUCUGUUCAGCUGUGUACAUUGCAAUUGGACCAAUGGCACUCAAUUAUUGGAAUGAGCAGGAAACUCGGAACGAAGCCGACGGUGAAAGAGACGGCCAAGUCACAAGUGCAGAACAUGUACGUAUAUCGUUCGUGGACAAGGUAUUCAAUACAUCAGAACAAGUCUUACAACUUACACAACGAAAGCCAUAUCCAAUACAACAAUUACCAGUACCAGUACCAGAUCGACCACGGAUAAACCUGAAUGUACAACCAGCCAUCUCCAACGAGACGGUGAUCGAAGACGACAAUGAUCGCGUCAACGAUGGCCUGAUAUAUGACUGUUUUGAUGAUGAGAGAGAUACUGUUGAAAGCAAGCAAUCUGUCAAUGGCAAGCCAGUGUAUGGCAAGAAUAGGACUGUCAUGUUCGUGCGCAUGCCAAAGUGUUACGACAGAUCCACCAUUUUGGAAAGCAAGUGA